GGCCAUUGCACCAGUUCAUACUUCACAAAGUACCUUCGUUUCUGCAAGUCCCCGGGCGACUUAUGGUAAGGUACAAUUCCAAAAUGUCUUCAGUUGACAAGACUCCCCCUUUCCUAUAUCAGCCAAUCGAGGGUGUGGAAAGAUUGGAGAGGUACCAGCCUGGGGGAUAUUAUCCAGCACUCAUUGGAGACAUUUUCAAAGAUCGAUACCAGAUUGUCCACAAACUGGGUCACGGGACAUAUUCUACAGUAUGGCUCGCACGUGACGAGCAGCAAACAGCAUAUGUUGCGGUCAAGAUCGGCACGGGAGACUCGCCUUCUAGCGAGGCGGACGUUCUAUGUGCCAUUACGGACUCCCUUGAGGCCGACUGCUCAGGGAAGGCUAUGGUCCCAUUGAUACAUGACAGAUUCGAGAUCCAAAGCCCCAAUGGAUCCCAUAGAUGCUACGUGACACCUCCAGCCCAAAGCAGUGUGGCUGCAGCCAGCUUCUCUAGUUUUUUCAAUCUUGACACAGCACGCGCACUGGCCAGCGAGCUGGUCUUGGCGGUUGCAUAUAUACAUGCCCGAGGGUUUGUGCACGGAGAUGUUCACCUUGGGAAUGCCUUGAUCCGGCUUCCAUCGAGCUUGAACAAACUCACGGUCGAGCAGCUCUACGGAGCGUUUGGCGAGCCCUGCACAGAGCGGAUUGAACGCCUUGAUGGAAACCCUCUUCCUCCUGGUGUCCCUGCUUACGGGACCGUGCCAGUAUGGCUAGGGAAGAAAGCGAAUGAGAUCGCACUCGACGAGGCCCAUCUACUUCUCAGUGACUUUGGCGAGGCUUUCUCCCCAUCCGAUCCUCGGCAGGCACGAACCGGAGACCAGUGCUGUUCGCCACUGCCACUCUUACCGCCAGAGGCUUAUUUCGAGCCCGAUCGCGCGAUUUCGUUUCCCGCGGACAUCUGGACCCUAGCUUGCGCUAUUUGGUCAAUCUUUAGCUCACGUCCGCUCUUCGACGCCACUCUUGCCACACACGAUGACAUUUCCUCUCAGCAGGUGGACGUCCUCGGGCCGUUACCGCCUGAGUGGUGGGAUGGCUGGGAGGCACGUCAGGAGUAUUUCGAUGAUACUGGGCGGCCAAUAAAGGGUCGGUUUGUUGUCCCGUCUCUUGAAGACUGCUUCGAGCGGGAGAUACAGGAAUCACGACAGAAGAAUGGCGUGGGCCAAUUUGGCAAUGAAGAAACGGCGGCUCUCCUACGUAUGCUUCGCCUUAUGCUUGCAUUCAAACCAGAGGAACGAGCCACCGCUGCGAAUAUCCUUGAUUCCAAAUGGAUGACAACUUGGGGGUUGCCUGCAUUUGAAAAGGCUGGGAAGGUUUGACCAAUUCUUUUCUGGGCGGGACAAUGUUGAAGUACACCGAAGAUACCCAUAAAAACAAAUCCCGGACAAGUCCCGUAUUUGAUUGGGUCCAGAAGAUACUAUCCCGCCCAGUAUCUCUGGAUAUCCACUUCUAGUACCAAAAAAAAAUCAAAAAAGAUAUGACAAGAGUGGGAUUCGAACCCACGCCACUUGCGUGACUAGGAAGUUCCGGAGAACUGUGAUGGUCAGGUAAACCUGAACCUAGCGCCUUGGACCGCUCGG